ACCUGGUGAUAUUUCUGAGACAGCCAUGGACGCACCAAAGUUUCAGUUGCACAUAGCAAUGUACCCAUGGUUUGCUAUUGGACACAUAUCAGCAUAUCUCCACCUUGCCAACAAAUUAGCCAAAAGAGGACACAAAAUUUCCUUCAUCGUACCCAAACGAACAAAGUCCAAAGUGGAACAUUUCAACCUCUAUCCACAGUCAAUAACCUUCAUCCCCAUCACCAUUCCCCUGGUUGAUGGCCUUCCUCCUCAUGCAGAAACCACUUUUGAUGCUACCAUUUCUUUAGGCCCUCUCAUUAUGACAGGGAUGGAUCGCACUGAGAAGGACAUUGAACUACUCUUACUUGAGCUGAAACCCAGCAUUAUUUUGUUUGAUUAUACAUGUUGGAUACCGAACUUGGCUCGGAGCUUAGGGAUCAAGUCUGUUCAUUACAUAACCCUAAGCAUGAUAUUUGAGUCUUACAUGGAAUGCAUGGAAAAGCAAUUUAGGGAAAAAAACAUAGCGUCACGUGAGCUGAAUGUGUUGAAUCCUCCAGCAGGGUUCCCAGAUCCUUCCAUCAAGCUUCAGGCUCACGAGGUUCGACAAUUAACUAGGAUCGUGAAUUCAGAAUUUGGCAGUGGUGUUCGUUAUUAUGAACGCAUCAGCACAAGCACCAGAUUAGCAGAUGCAGUGGCAUUUAGAAGUUGCAGAGAAAUUGAGGGACUGUAUGUUGACUUUCUCGAAAGUUCAUACGGAAAGCCUUUGUUGCUUUCAGGGCCUGUCAUACCUGAGCCACACACAUCCGCUUUGGAAGAAAAAUGGUCUGAGUGGCUUUCAAGAUUCAAGGAGGGAUCUGUGGUGUACUGUGCUUUUGGAAGUGAAUGCAGACUGCAUCAAGAUCAGCUCAAGGAACUGCUGCUGGGUCUUGAGUUAACAGGUUUUCCAUUUUUUGCAGCUCUUAAAGCCCCUGUUGGAUUUGAGUCUGUUGAAGAAGCUAUACCAAAAGGGUUCAGUGAGAGGGUUCGAGGAAGAGGCAUUGUUCAUGGGAGUUGGGUUCAGCAGACACUAAUUCUUGACCACCCUUCUAUAGGGUGCUUCAUUACGCAUUGUGGGGUUGCAUCUUUGCUAGAGGCCCUUGUGAGCAAGUGUCAGAUUGUGGUGUUACCAAAUUAUAUUGAUCAGCUCCUUAAUGCGAAGAUGAUAAGCAGCAGCAUAAAGGGUGGUGUUCAAGUGGAGAAAGGUGAAGAAGAUGGUUUGUUCACCAAGGAAAGUGUGUGUAGUGCUGUUAAGACUGUGAUGGAUUUGGAGAGUGAGGUUGGAAGGGAGGUCAGAGAAAACCAUUUAAAAUUGAGAAAUCUCUUACUCACCAAAGAUUUGGAGAACACUUACUUUGAUAGCUUUUGUCUCAAGCUUCAAGAAUUAGUUGGGUGAUAUUCAAGUCUCAAACCAUGGCCUGUCAACCAUGACCAAUUUGAUUUUAGUUUUUACUUAUGUUUCGGCUGUAAUAAACCUCAUCAACUACUUCAUGUUGAACUUGUUAACAUGCAUGGAUAUCUUUUGCAGAUUUGAUUAUAUUAUGUGGAGUGAGCUGUGUUAUGAUACGUCAUUAUCACUCACCCAGAUUCUCAAAAUGGCCAUUUUCUUGAACCUGGUGGCUGUGGUUGAUUUGAUUUCUUAUUUCAAUGCAAUAAUCCUUUGUUAGUAUGCUUGAAUCUA